GUUUAUCUCUAAACCGGCCUUUUACACACUGCCGUUGAUUGUGAGUAGUGCAUAAACGUUUUAGCAGUGUUGAAAAGUGUUUGUUUGCUGGUCUGUUAUCGCGUAGGUACGCGUAGGUACCUAUUCCUAUAUUUUGUCAGCAUCAUCGUAAAUAAAAGGUCCGACAAAAUGUACAAACCAGAAACGAGUUAUGAAGAAUUUUUGAAGUCAGAACAAGAAAAAUAUCCGGAAUUAAAUUUAAAAGACAUCGAAGCGCUAAAAGAGCGGGUGAAAGAAAAUAUUGAUUUACCUCCAAUACGAGACAAAUCAAUCGUCAUGUUCCUCCACAGUAGUUACUUCGAUGUAGACGUGGCGUACAAGACAAUCGUUGCUAAUUGCAAGUACCGCAAAGAACUUCCACAAGUUUUUGAAAAUUACGAUCCAUCGUCUGAAGAGAUGAAACAGGUAUUCGACAGCAUGAGCAUUUCGAUAGUGUCAAAUCCAAGUACCGGCAAACAAGAGCGCAUCCUUUACACAAAUUUCAAAAUUACCGACCCUCAAGAAUACGACUACGUGCGCUGUGUUAGAUACUUUUUUAUGAUGUUGGAAUAUUUAAUGGUUACGAGUGGCACAUUUGACGGGUUGGUAUUAACAAUGAACAGCAAAGGUGUAUGUUGGCGGCAUAUCACCAAGACGCCGAUGAAUACAAUGAAAAAAUUACUCGGAUUCGUACAAGAAGCAUUGCCAGUGCGACUUAAAGAAGUGCAUGUCUUAAAUGCUGGAAAUAUAAUUAGUAUGCUGUUUAACAUAAUAAGACCGUUUAUGAAGAAUGGUCUUAUGAACCUGUUGAAAGUAUUUCCAGAGGGUUCGACAGAAAUUUUUGAUCUCGUGCCCAUCGAUAUAAUGCCGCAAGAAAUGGGGGGCAGUGGAAAAUCACAUUAUGAAUAUUGCGAAGAAACGUACAAUCAAAUGCUCUCUGCUCGUGAUUAUAUUGUGUCUCUAUAAAGUAAUAGUUCAACUAUGAAAUCAUAUUUAUUUUAUACAAUGCACAAUGCACUAAAAAUAAAAUCAUACAUGAUACAUGAUGUGGAGUAGAUAAACUAUAUAUACCUAUUAGGGUAUUUCAACAUUCAUUUUAGUUAAAAUUAUAGAACUUCAAUAAAUUUAAUAUAUUUAUAAUGGGUCAUAUAAACAUCAAUUGUUCAACAGAUGUUCAAUACUUUUUGUUUAAAACUUUAAAACAAUAAAUUUAUCAAAUAUUUGUGCAUGUUAAAGUUAUAGUUAUUAUUUGAUAUACCUAUUUAAAGGAGAUAUUAUAAAAUGUAGUUACAUUUUAUGAUUGUUAAUAAUAUAAUAAUUGACAAGUGUAUACAUUUUUAAUAAUUUAAAUUUGUAUAUUUAUAUGAUUGUAUUGUUGAAAUAGUAAUAAUAAAAAUAAAUCGAUCAAUGUUUAAAGA